AUGAGACAUCUCAAGGAGGAGUAUGAGCUGGGGUACCACAAAGUGGACGAACCGGGGGAGGCGAACCCCACGCGGAAACGGCCUUUGUCAACCAUGCUGUUGCAGCCCCGGGCGGUUGGCCCAUGGGGAGCGGGCUGGGUCUUUGAGAUCGUGAGCUGUGUCAUCGCGGUGGGCGCCCUAGUAGCCAUCAUCGUCGUCCUGCACACGUACGACGGCAAACCCAUGCCGGAUUGGCCGUACGGCAUCACCCUCAACGCCUUGGUGUCACUACUCGUGACGGUCAUGAAGGCGGCCAUGGUCUACCCCAUCACCGAAGGGUUGUCGCAGCUUAAAUGGUCCUGGUUCAACCGACAGAACAAGCUCAAUGACUUGGCAGUGCUGGACGCUGCUAGUCGCGGUGCCGUCAAUGCGGUCUUCGUCUUGUUUCGCUUCCUCCCACGCCAUCUGGUGACGGUAGGAUGCUUCAUCCUUGUAGUAGCGGCAGCGAUUGCCCCCUUCGUGCAGCAGGUCCUCAGCAUCACCUCGCAGCCCAUCCACUCGCCGGGCCAAUCCUCGAUUCGCGUGUGCAACACGAGCUCGUACGUGGACUACGGCGAAGGGGCAGGACCUGGCAUGAACAAAGUGCCGCUCUCCACGGCGGGGGCUAUCUACACAGGGCUCUUCCAGAGCACCGGAACAAACAGCCAAGCCCUGACCAUGACCUGCCCGACGGGCAACUGCACCUUUGCCCCGUACCAGUCCCUCGGGCUGUGCCAACGAUGCGCCAACAUCACCGACGAGCUAACCCUAACGACCGCCAACCCGACCAGCACAAUGAGCACUUACCACUACAACCUGACCAACGGGUUCAGUUUUUCCACCUCCUGGGGCGGAAUCUACCUGAUGAACGCGACGACCGGCUUAGACCUGGUGAAGCUCGACGCCUCCGCCCUUCCUCCGCUGAUCCUCAACUUCACUGCCAUCAGCGCCGCAGGCUACGGCGUGCCGCCCACCAUCAGCGCCACCGAAUGCGCCCUCUACUUCUGCGUCAAGACCUACUCCGCCUCGGUGCAGGAGGGCGUCUUUAACGAAACCCUGGUCUCGACCGCCACCACCUCCAACUCCUCCACCGCCGCAUCGGACAUAACGACCGACCUCACCCUCUUCCCGGACCACUGCACCUCCAACCAGACCGCCCACUGCACUUACAGUGUCAGCUGGCUCAGCCGCCUCGCCCUCGCCAACUCCAUCACUUCACUCCUGACAGGGAGCGGCUCCCUCUUCAUCAGCAACCGCCCCAGCUGGACUUCCGACACCAUCCAGGCCCUGUACGGGGUGCAGGGCAACUACACGGACGUCUCGGGGGUAUUCACCUCGCUCGCGACGGCGUUGACAACGCACGCGCGCACCGAGGUCUGCGCCGCGGCGGUGAACGGCACGACCUGGACGGUCGACUCGUUUGUGCACGUGCAGUGGCCCUGGCUGACGCUGCCGAUUGUGUUGGUGGCCAUGACACUGGGGUUCCUGGUGGCGACGGUGGUGCGCACCCGCAACCAGUACAUCUGGAAGUCGUCACCGCUGGCGCUGCUGUUCUCGGACGUGAGCCUGGAGGCGCCGCAUCAGAUGCGCCGCAGUCCGGAUCUGAGCGCGAUGGUGGCGGCAUCGCGGAGUUUGGAGGUGCUGUUGGAGACGACGGAGGGGGGGUCGCGGUUGCGGGCGGUAGCUAGAUAG